AACAAAAAACCCAAAAAAGGCUAAAAAAUGUCAAAUGCUAAAAAUGCAGUUGCCCGCCACAAAAGCCUAAUUCAAGUGUUAAAUUCAUAGUAAAACUAAACAGCACAAAAAAAAACUGUUGCAAAGAAAAAAGCUAAAAUAACAAGCUAAAUCGCCCACCCCUUUCCCUCGAAAAUCCAUCAAAAAUUCAAUUAAUAAAAUGUCCACCAGCCGCCGCUUGCCCAAACGCUCGAUAAUCGGCAUCAAGGUGUGUGCCCCUGGCCCCGAUGGCCUUUGGUAUUCCGGCGUAAUUCAGGACGUGAAAACGCCCCCCUCCACAACACCCUCUAUGUCCUCCAACUGCACCUCCUCCACCUCGACCGCGUCGGAACCGAUGCCGCCACCAAGUUUUCUAGCACCCGGAGAUACCCAAUUAAAUGCAGAUACUCGAUACAUUGUACGCUUUGAUUUCAAGACACAAUCGAAUCCGGCAACGGCGACGACGACUACAACGCCGCCAACUGUCCCCCUGUCCCACAUUAGUCCGGCGCAAGCAUUGCGCCGUAAUGCGAUGACUAAAGAGUUCCGUGAUUCGGAUCUCAUCGGACCCGGUUUCCGUUCCAUACUCAGUAUCCAACUGCAGCCCGGUCAACGCAUCUUUAUAACCUACAAUGGACGCGAACAGAGCGGCGAUGUUGUCCAACACGAUGUUGAGCGGGAUGAGGUCAUCGUGAAGAUCACAACAAUUGGAAAUGAGGAACCCAUCGAGCUGAAGAAGCGUUUGGAGGAGGUGCGUCUGCUGGAGUCUCGUCGCUCCGCUCGACUGGCCGAUCAGGAUCGGGACACGGACUUUGCCCGCCUGGCCGACAUGGGAGGCGAUCGCCGCCGAACCACACACAGUAUUGAGGUGCCAUUGACGCCGCUGACGCCGCCAAAUAAUUCUCGGAAGCGUCCGCCGAGCGACAGUUACGAUUGCAGCAGUGAUCAGUGCAAAGGGGACGAGAUGAAUGCAUGCAAUGCAGCAUUAAUUCUAAUGCACCUACACAAUGCGCCGAAUGCCGGUUCGGACAAAUGGCUGGGCUCCAGUCCGGGCAGCAGCUCAUCGGCCUCUUGGAGUUCCGGUUCGGCAUCGCCGCCAUUGAGCGAUGAUGGAAAUGCAUUGUUGCAUGGUCACAUAAUAUCAUUGCCACACGAUGCGGCAAGUGCAUCAGCAAAUGCACGUAUACGCACAACAUCUGUGUCCACAUCGGAUGAGGGCAUUGUCAUCGACUUCAAGGAGGAGCGCAAGAAGAAGGUGAGUUCUGCGCAUUUAUUCAGUUUGACAAAUUGUGUUGGGCUCAUCUAUGAAGCGGUGAGUGCUUGCCACACCGCAUUGCCACCUUGCUCGACGUCCCGACUCUGCCAAAUGCCCAAUGCUUCGAAAAAAUUCCGUUGUACCUGGAAGGGAUGCGGUUUUGUGGAGCCCACACAGCUAAAAAUUGAACGACACGUGCGGGACAAACAUUUGGGGAAGAAGGCACGACGCUCGGGUGACUACGAUUCGUGUAGUGAUGAUGAGCACGAGGAGGAAUUCUACUACACGGAAGACGAUGAUGACGACGACGACGACGAUGACGUUGACAAUGAAUUGGUCAAGAAAACGCCUAGUCCAGCCUCGCCCCCAACGCUCAGCCAUCGGGACAUGGCGCGUCCCCCACACGAGGAUCCCGAAUACCAAAGACAGAUCGUUGGCAACUUCAAACAAGGACGCGCAAUGCAUAGUUACCUAACGACGCAGCAGCAACAGUUGCCAUCACAUCAGCAACAUCACAGCAGCAACGGCAGCCAGAACAGCAGCAGCACCAGCAGCAGCAAUCACAUCAGCAGCCACCAGCAGCAACAGUUGCAGAGCAACAACACCAGCUGCAUACCAACAUCCCCGUUGGCGCAGCAAAAUUACAAUUGGCCAACAAACUCAACAGUUACGCUGAGCAACAGUUGCAGCAGCAGCAGCAGCAACAACAGCAACAGUUGUAACAGCAGCAAACAUGCAACACGUGCAACAUCGUCGCGUCCGUCCCACUCGACAGCGCCAUAUCCAUCGCCGACAUACGUCCAACAUCAUCAGCAGCAUCACAAUUACAGCAGCAACAGUUGCAACAGCAGCAGCAACAGCAGCAGCAGCAACAACAGCAGUCCAAUUAUGCAUAGCAACAGCAGUGCCAGUAACAUGUUGCAGCAACUCACACAGCAGAAUGUAACGGUAACAGCGCAUCACACACAAAACAACAACAGCAACACACAACAGCAACAUCAACAACAGCAGCAACAUAUUUCAGGUGUGACCAUCACACCCAAUUAUCAGCCGCAGCAACAUGCGCCGCAACAUGCGCCGCAACAUGUAGCGCAACAUGCCCAGCAAAAUGCGUCGCAGCAUCCGCCGCAACAAUUGCGCUGCCAGCAACAACAACAACAACAGCAUUCAACUGCCAAUAGCAACAAUUUGCUAGCCAAUAUGGCGGCACCACUGCAGCAUGUUGCCAUACAGCAGGCAGCGGCCGCCGUUCGCCAAACGCCAAAUUCGCCGAGUCGCCGAACGCGUGGCGAAAAUAAAAAGUGCCGCAAGGUGUACGGAAUGGACAGACGGGAUCAGUGGUGCACCCAGUGCAAGUGGAAGAAGGCCUGCAGUCGCUUUGGCGACUGA